AUGAUUAGUCGAGUAUUUAUUAGACAUUUCAGGGCCUCGCUUGUAGAUCAGUAUAAGGUUGCCAUUGUAGGUGCUGGCCCCGCUGGAUUCUACACUGCGCAUCAUUUGCUUCAUAAAUCCAACGGACAGCCCGUUUCUGUCGAUUUCUUUGACAGACUUCCUGCUCCAUUUGGACUAAGCAGAUAUGGAGUAGCACCUGACCACCCGGAGGUUAAGAACUGUGAAGAAUACAUGGAAAAUCUUAUGAAAAAUGAUUCUUAUCAAACUAGAUUCUUCGGAAAUGUGAAGGUUGGAAGAGACAUAACAUUGGCUGACUUAAAGGAACAUUACCACUCAAUUGUGUUGGCUUACGGGUGUACAGCAUCAGACAAUACGCUAAAUAUUGACGGCUCAGACCAUCCGGCAGUAAUCCCUGCUAGGAAGUUGGUGAAUUGGUACAAUGGGCAUCCUGAUGCGUCUGAAUGGUCUAUUUCACUAGAGAACGUAGAGGAUGUCACGAUCAUUGGGAAUGGUAACGUAGCAAUCGAUGUUGCCCGUAUCCUUCUAGCAAGUCCUGAAGGUCAUUGGCAGCCUACAGACAUAACCUCUAGAGCUGUUGAAGUGUUACGAAAAAGCUCUGUUAAACGUAUAAACAUUGUUGCACGCAGGGGUAUUCUCGAAUCUGCAUUCACAAAUAAAGAGAUACGAGAACUUCUCAAUAUUUCAAAGGAAUCCGGAAUCCGGUUUGUCCCUAUAGAAGAGUCGCUCCUAGCUCCUCUACAUGAUAAAAGCAAGUCCUUAGGCAGAGUUGAGAAGCGCAAACUCUCCAUACUAGACAAAGCUUCGAAGGAAGCUCAUCAGAUCGAUGAUUGCGGGCGAAAGCAAUGGGGUCUCUACUUUCAAUUGAGUCCAAAAGAAUUUAUAGCAAACUCUGAGAAUCCAAACCUACUUUCAAGCACAGUUUUCGAAGAAAAUGAGCUUAUAGAAGAUGCUCUCCUCGGAAAGAUCUCAGCAGUUCCUACCGGAAAACACACUACACUCAAGAACGAAUUAGUUAUUUUGUCUAUUGGGUACAAGGGGAAUAAAUUAGAGGGAUUGGAUGAGUUAAACAUCGAUUACAAUGUGAAAAAGAACUGUCUCUCAAACAACGGGGGAAGACUUUUGCUAAGAAAUUCUUCUGAUGAAUAUCUGUACUGUCAUGGCUGGUACACCUCUGGAUGGAUCAAACAUGGUCCUCAGGGAGUCAUUGCAACCACCAUGAUGGAGUCUUUUGACACUGCAGAAAAGAUCUUGGAAGAUCUCGCCAAUGGAAUUCAUAACGAAGCCAAGAGCCAAGCUGAUAUUGUUGAGCUCUUGCCGAAACACACAGUUACUUGGAAUGGUUGGGAGAACAUUGACAAACGUGAAAAGGAGGAUGGACUGAUUGUUGGCAAGACGAGAGAAAAACUCGUCACCAUUGACGCUCUUGUUGAAGCAUCAGGCAGCAAUCAUCCAAGAACGCAUGUUGUCACAGGAAGGAAAUAA